AGUUAUUUUUAAUUAAUUGUUUCAUAUUAUCUGUGAACAAGUGUUUGAUAUUAUUAUGAUUUAAUUGUUUAAUAAUUUGUAUUCAAAAAAUUGCAGGCAUGGCAGCUGCUCACGAUCACAUGCAGCCGGGUCCUGAAAGACCGGCGCUACUUUUUUUACAGCAUGACCAUAUCUCUCAGGAUGUCUGGGAUGGCACGGGAUCUGACGAGGGAUUUCUGUCUCGCGCUAGCUGUACGACUAGAAGGAGCGCUGUUCUGCCGUUCGCUAAGUUGGACCACCGUAUUCGGUCGAUGAUCGAGCCUACUGGAUUUGCAGGCUGUUUUGCUAUGCGUCACUACAACGUCGACAUGCAGCUGAUCACAGCCCUUGUGGAGAGGUGGAGGCCGGAGACCCACACUUUUCACUUACCCGGCGGAGAGUGCACAGUUACACUACAGGACGUGGCCAUUCAGACCGGACUACCAGUAGACGGUCAUGCUGUUACAGGAGGUAUUGUACAUGAUUGGGCUGCAGUGGCAGAGAGGGUUUUGGGGAUUCCUGCGGGCAGAUAUCCUAAAAAGCCUGCAAAUUCCACAGUCCGGACUUCUUGGAUCCUAGAGAGUUUCCCCGACUUCAGUGCAUUACCAGACCAGGCGACUGACGAGCUUGUCCAUCGGUACACACGGGCGUAUCUCUUGCUCGCUGUCACAGGAUUGUGCUUCACUGACCUCGGUAGUGGAAAGACUUCGUUACGGAUUCUUCCACUUUUAGAGGACUUGGCGGCAGUUCGGACCUACAGCUGGGGAUCGGCGACACUGGCUUACUUAUAUCACGAGCUUUGCUCAUGUUCGUUGCGGUCUGCGAAUCGCCGCAACAUGGGCGGGCCGUUGUGGAUACUGCAGCUGUGGGCAUUGGACCGACUUAGAGUUAUUGCUCCCGCUCUUGCCGAUCCCACUAUUUCACCACAUCUACCACUGGGCGACAGAUGGGGAGGCCGGAGAAACGCCAGCCGUGCGGCUCGACACUCGCUGCCUGACAUCCGUGUUCGGCUUGACACAUCUCGCUACGAAGAUUUUAUCUGGCAGCCGUACACUGAUGAUAUGCUGGACACUAUCCCAGCGUAUUGUUUAGAUGGGCGCGCUUUUUGGCGGGCCACGGUUCCACUUAUUUAUUUUCAUAUUGUGGAGUGGCACCAGGCAGACAGAGUUCUGCAGCAGUUCGGACUGCAGCAGGGUAUUCCAGACGCCCCACUUCAGGACCACUCACUACACUCCCUUACCCUGAAGAGCAGCUCAUCUUGGAUCCAGACACACUCUCACUACAUUCGUGUGUGGGACGACCGACUCCGGUUUGUAAUUUCAGGACAGCCCCUCCAGGACCCACCUCAUUAUCAUUCCGAGUAUAUGGAUUGGUUUCGGUAUGUCACGCGUCGCUGGAUCACACGACAGGGCGCUGAGCUCGGAGCACAGGCCGAUUUUGUGGAGCGUGUACGUAGGGAUGCUCCUGUUGACACUGAGCUUCGGCGGUUCGCAGCCAGCACACAGAGAGGCACUAGAGAGGACCGCCGUGAUGUUACAUCGCCCCCUAUCGAGCCUUCUAUACCGCCGCAUCGACUACCAGUCAUACCUGACGCGCCGAUAGAUCCGACUACACUGCGACAUCGACGGCGACAGCGGCGUCACCCCCCCUGCACCACCUCAGCGUCCGACUGAUCCUAUGCCUCCCCCAGUGGUUUUUCAUCCUUUCAGAGGGCAUUACUAUUACGCGGGGUCCAGCUCUGCACCGCCGCCCUUUUCAUCGGGUCCUCCUUCUUCUUCUGGCCAGUUUUACGGGGAUUC